GCCGCCGCCACCCGCGCCAAGCAGCCGAGGGCGCACGGGCGCGCACGACGCUUGUGCCACGGAGAAGCCUCGACGGCGUCACCUGAUCUAACCUGGCGGCUUGGCUGUCGGAGGAGGCAGCCCGAGAGGGAAGGGCAGGGCUGGGCUGGGAGUACCGGGAGGGGUGGAGGGAAGGGAGAGAGGGAGGAGGAGGGCGAGGGAAGCGAAGAGCCGCCUCCUGACGUCUGGAACCUGCUGUGCAAGUGAGCGCGGGCGGCGGCGGCGGCGCUGCUUGUGUCCUCCUCCCCGGGGCGAGAGAAAGGACGAUCCCUCGGUGCGCGGCCAUGGCAGAAGCCCAGCAGCGCCGGAUCCGGAGAGGCUAGGGGAGGCUGACGGUGCGCCCUGGGGCUUGGAUCGGGCGCCCCGCACCUGGCGCAGCGCUGGAGGGCGGAGAGCCGGGGGCCGCCACGCCGGGAUGGUGAAAAGUUGAAGUGCCAAACACCAAAAUGAGUGUGACGUCAUGGUUUCUGGUGAGCAGUGCAGGCAUUCGCCACCGGCUCCCUCGGGAGAUGAUAUUUGUUGGCAGAGAAGACUGUGAGCUGAUGCUCCAGUCUCGCAGUGUGGAUAAGCAACAUGCCGUCAUCAACUACGACAAGGAGAAAGAUGAGCACUGGGUGAAGGAUUUGGGAAGCUUAAAUGGGACUUUUGUGAAUGAUGUGCGGAUUCCAGACCAGAAGUACAUCACGCUAAGACUGAACGAUGUGAUCCGUUUCGGCUAUGAUGCAAACAUGUAUGUGCUCGAACACAUCCAGCACAAGGUUCCAGAAGAAGCACUAAAGCAUGAGAAAUACACCAGCCAGCUUCAGAUGAGCUUCAAAAGCGCAGUCAUGAAAAGGGUAGAGCAGCCUUUGGAGCACGGCGGAGAGACCGAGUCGCCCCAAGCGAAGCUGGAGAAAGGCGAGAAGAAAGCAAUUACAGAGACGACAACUACUUAUCGCACACCCCUUUACGGCCAGCCCUCAUGGUGGGGGGAAGAUGAUGAAAACAAUAAGUUGGAGUCAGCAGAUGACAGAAGGCAAGAAGAGCCGUAUCCAGAGAGAACAAAAGACAUAGGUCAGCACGGAGAGGAAAUCAAUGGGAACAUCACCAGCUACAGCGAUCCUCAAGGCGACUCUGUCUACGCCUUCCGAAGGGAGCCUAGUUACUUUGAAAUCCCGACGAAAGAAUUCCAGCAGCCGGUGAAAACUCCAGAGGCCCAGGUCCACGAAAUCCCCACCAAAGACGUUGACGCGGUGGCGCUGCCCGUCGUGCAGAGCCACGCCUCUUUCACCAUAGAGUUUGACGACUGCACCCCGGGUAAAAUAAAGAUAAAAGAUCACGUCACCAAAUUUUCGCUCAGGCAGAGAAGGAACCUCGGCAAAGAAGGCGGCCACGCGGAAAUGAUCUCGGCAGAGAGCAAAGUGGCCGACUGGCUGGUGCAGAACGACCCGAGUCUCAUGAGGAGGCCGUCCCCUGGAGAGGACGUGUACAGUACGAAAAGCGACCUCCCAGUUCACGUCAGGACUCUGAAAGGGAACAGGCAUGAAGAUGGAACUCAGAGUGACUCUGAAGACCCAGUAGCCCCCAAAGAGGAUGAGACUCCUAGUAAAGAACAUCUGGCUGAGCAAGCCCGUCUCCAGCGCCAGAUCCGCCGCGACCCCCAGGAGAUGCUCCACAACCAGCAGGCCUUCGUCAUCGAGUUCUUCGACGACGACACGCCUCGGAAGAAGAGAUCGCAGUCCUUCACGCACAGCGGCCAGUCCAACCAGAACGACGUGGACCCCGCCUUGAAGACCAAGAUUGAGAAGCGCAAGAUUACCGUGCCCGCGGAGAAACCGGGGAGCUCUGUCCUCUCAUCCCAUCUGCCUGCGGCAGGAACCAAGGGGCCAAGCAACUCUUUCACAGCCCCCAGAGCCGGAUCCUUUAAGCGGGAGAAGACGGAGGAGAGGAUCAGCUCCUCGUCGUCGUCGAGGACCUCUGGAAAGAAUCAUGGUAGCGUGGGGAGAAAGUCGAAGAUCGCUCAGGAUUUUGCUGCGGAGUGUUUAAGGGAGAGCUCUCAAGCUGGGAAGGCUAGCGUUGAGAAGCCAGCCCCAACACCGGCACCGUUCACCCCACGGGUUGUAGUGCCGCCUCCGCCGCCGCCACCAGCGCCCGAAAUAGUCCCUGAGCCAGUGGCUGCCGAUCCUAAGUUGGUCAAAGCGAGGAAGCAAGAGGAAGAUGACAGCUUGAGUGAAACGGGCACGUAUACCAUUGAGACGGAGUCGCAAGAUAAAGAAGUCGAAGAGGCUCGGAAAAUGAUCGAUCAGGUGUUUGGCGUUUUGGAGUCUCCGGUAUUUUCCAGAAUUUCCCCUGCCUUCAGGCCCGUCAUAAAAGGUGAGAAGGAGGAUCUGGCUCACUUGAUCGGCGAAAAUGGCUCAAGCCCCAAGGUUACCAUGAUGCAGGUCAUCGCUUCCAAAGUUGCCAGUGAACAUCACACGGAGAUGCAGUUACCUCUGGCAUCUCAAGGUGGUCAGAAAUGGGUAUCGAGAUGGGCAAGCCUUGCAGAUAGCUAUACAGACUCAGGAUCUGCUCCUGGAGUUGGGGACGCUCACCUGCAGGGCCCCCUCUCUCAGGCUGGCAUAGAAAAGGACUGCGGUCCCAGAGUGGCAGAGUCUGAGAGCUCCCUGGCGUUACGGACGAGGCGUCUUCUUCCUCAGCUCCCACCGGGUGAUAAGCCAGAAAGCCCUACGCCAACCAUUUUGAUUUGUCCAGAGGCAUAUUCUGACGUUUCACCAAGGAACGCUGCUAACAGCCACGUAGCAGAAAUGUUUGUGGAUCCUGCCAGCCGACUGGCGGUCCGGGAAGAUUUGGAUCCUGAUAGCCUUAGUGACGCCAGCAAAUCUGACGACGGAUUUGGCUUGGAAAAACGAAGGAAGAGCCACAACAGCACCAAAACAUUGGAGCAGAACCAGGGAAAGGCGGAAAACGUGAAAGCCAAAAACCACCAGCACACGGUGCCGAAACUUUCGGGUCUGAGAGCUUCCAGCGACCCGCUGUCGACAUCUUUCUAUAUUGGCGACGAUGAAGAGGAAGUCGGGGUUCCUUCGAAACUUCCUUCCAGCAUUUCUCCUACUCAGGCGGAAAAAGAAGAGGCUCUUUUCAAGUGUGGGAAGCCGGUGGCCAAAGGUGUCAGCAAUACCUACGUCAGCUCCAACGGGAAAAUGGUGAUUUCGUUGCACCAGGGGCUUCCGCUUCCAGAGCAAGAAGUCGCGGCUGCGAAAGAAGCGUCGUCCUUUGUCCGGCAGGAAAGCUUUACCAAAGAGAAAUCGAGCAGCAACGUUCCUCAAAACCGGCUGCCGCAUAUCUCAAGCCACCCUCUGCUCAAAGAUCUCGAUGUCACCCGAGCAAAUCGCAUGGACUAUAACCCAGACACCCACCUCCUCCUUAAAGAUACCGAAACUGCCCUGGCCGCCCUGGAAGCCAAAAUACUCUGCCAAACCAACCAGCUCGACACUCUGGAGAAUUCGCCGGGGCAGUUGGAAGACUCCUUGUCCGGAGAAUCUGACGUGGACACGGCUAGCACCGUCAGCUUGGUGAGCGGCAAAAACUUACCCAGCCACUCGCCGAAGGGCAAACCCGUGACAACCUCGCAAAAAGAGAAGACUUCUCCCACGCCUUCUGCCCAAGAUCAGAGUCUUCAACCCAGCGCAAGGGAGAGGCUUUCAGAGAAGCGGAAAACUCUUUCGCUUGAGGCAGGGAGCAAAGGUGAAAACGCGAGGCGCUUCCAAGUGAAGCGUAGCCCAGGGACCGGGGGCUCCCUGGACUAUACAGAUGAUGAACGAAGUAGCAGCCUCCCAUAUCUGCCGGCGAAUGAAAUCGCCUCAUCUGACCAUGAGCAAUCCACCUCGAGGCCUAUCUCCAGGAAAAAGCCCUUCUCGCAGUCCACCAAAGAGGAGCACAGCAAAGUGACGCCCACGGUACAAAAGAUCCAGCAGGUUCUCACCAGGUCCAAUAGUUUGUCUACCCCGAGGCCCACCAGAGCCUCCAAACUUCGCCGGGCCCGGCUGGGGGACACCUCGGACAAUGAGAGCGCCGAUACCGAGAAAGCGACGCCUCACCACGAAGGAACGGUGGCGCCUUCCAAGCAGCCGGCGGAGGCCAAGAAGCUGUCGAGGCUCGACAUCCUGGCCAUGCCAAGGAAACGGGCGGGGUCUUUCACCGUGCCGAGCGACUCGGAGAGCGCGCCAACCAGGCCGACGUUCUCCGGGCGCAGCGCAGAGUCGUAUUAUUCUACCCGGAAGCCCCCCGUGUCGGAAGCCAGGAACGCCGCUAGGAAAACGGCGGCGGCAGUUGCUGCUUCGAAGCAGCCUUUCGGCAGGACACGCUCCAGCAGUGUCAAAUACUCCUCUUCUUCUACCACCCAGACGCCCAGGACCCGGGGCUCCGGGCUGAAUAAGCAGAAGCACAGCAACAGCAGGGAGACGGAAGACGAAGACUACGACGAUCACGACCCCUACAACUUCAUCGCGCAGACGGCGGAGAUUGCCGAAAUUGCCAGAUUGAGCCAGACCUUGGUGAAGGACGUAGCGAUCCUUGCUCGAGAGAUUCAUGACGUUGCUGGAGAUGGAGAUUCCCAGAGCUCAUCGGGAACGGGGCCAAGCACCUCCCACAGUUCUGUGCCUAACACCCCUGCCUCUACCAUAUCAGCAAGGGAAGAGCUGGUGCAGCACAUACCAGAAGCAAGCCUGAACUACCAGAAGGUGCCUCCUGGCUCAACGGGAUUCCACGAUUAUGACCAAAAUAUGAAUGACAGCCGAGAAGAGGAUCUCACAAGGAAAACAAGGAUGAGAAACAGGGAAGAGGUAAUCUUUGACAACUUGAUGCUGAAUCCAGUGUCCCAGUUAUCCCACACCAUCCGGGAACACACAGAGAACCUGGCGGAGAAAAUGAAAAUUCUGUUCCAGAAUACUGAGCGGACAUGGGAGGAGAUGGAGGCCAAGAUUAACUCUGAAAAUGAAGUGCCAAUUCUAAAGACCUCAAACAAGGAAAUCAGCUCAAUUUUGAAGGAGCUCCGCAGAGUCCAGAAACAACUAGAAGUUAUAAAUGCCAUCAUUGACCCAAGUGGAAACUUGGAUGUGCUCGCCAAUAACAAAAUGUCUUCUGCUACAACACAGUCUGUGGCGGCUAAAAUCAGGACUGCUAACAACAUUUCCGGGUCCAUGUUGGAGGCGUUGUCUCCUGUCAAGAAGAGAAAUUAUGUGCAGAAAUCAAACUUUGGCUCUGCUAGCCUGCAGGAUGCUACGUUUGUUCCGGAUGGGGAGAAAUACGUGAUCUAGCAAGAAAGUUUUCUGUCGCUUUUCCUCUUGUAUGUAAUUUGCCGUGGUGUUAGUAUUGUGUACGAGUGGUUGUGGGCAAGUCCGUGUGGAGCAGUUGUUUAGAUUGCUAACACAUUGCACAAAAGAAAAGGAAAAGAAAAGGUACAAUCUCUGCUGUGUGAGCAUGAGUGGCAGGCCUGUGUAUACGCCUUUUGGAAGGGGGGGAAAUGGACUAGCACUGUGGAACAGCACAUACUCAGCACAGAGGCAGACUCUGGGUUUUUUUUUUAACAGAAAGCAAGUGAUGCAUAAUUUCUCCAAUGUGCCAUAGCAAACAGGCUUUGCGUAUUCUUCACUCUGUACUGCCGAAGCUCUGAUAUGUUAUUGUAUUUAGCCUGUUUAUAGCUGUCUGUUUUAGUUGUAUAGAGGCUCCAUUUUGAAAAUGUACCUUUUGGGGGCACUGGCUGGCUGUUGCUGUAUAUUUAAUUUUAAAUACAAAUCGUUAAAUGGUUCAGCCAAAACUGAUUCCCCCCCACCUCUCAUGCUUGUCAGCUGAGCAAUGCACCGUGGAAGUCUUUUUUUUCCCCUUUUCCUUUCAGAGAUCCAAGAGCAGUUAAUUUGCAAACAUCUCCAAAAAGGAAACCAAGAUGACAUUGAAUCAUUCCGCUUCCAAUCACACAGCUUUUGCGAUUCCUCUGGGAAUGAGUAAUAAAGAGUACAGAUGAUGGAGAGGCCGUGAUUAAGUUCGCAUUUUUGAUUCCCUUAUUGUAAUCAGUAAAAGAGAGAGGGUGGGGGGAGAAAUUCAGGUGCAGAGGAGGCGGCAAAUUAGUCACAAGGUCAGGAUUUUGUAUAGUGAAGUUGCCAAAUUUGUACUAUUACAUGGCAGUUGUUUCAUAACUAAGUUUUCGGGUGGUCAAAAUGUGUUUUUAAUGCAGUCCACAAAGUCUCCUGUUUACGGCAUAGAAUUCUGAAGGGGCUAAAGAAUUGAGUAUUCCAUGUGUGAGCAAUUAAGAUUUUGAUCAUAACUCACUAUCCUGUGCUUCUAAACCUCAUUGACAUGCGUAGGAAGUUUAAGAGUGUAAGGGUUGAGCUGCUUUUUGCACUCACGGGAAUCCUGUCUUGAGCCUCGUUCCUCACCCUGCGAGGCAUGCUAAAUGGAGGCCUCCUUAAUAGAGCUUGAGGGGUGCAAAUUGAGGAUUGUCUUGUGCUGCUUCCAACUUCCUUGGGGGCUCUCAUGCAGCUCUGUUGAGCCAGCAAGACCCUGGGCUACUCUUUUGUGCUCUAGGAAAUGGCCAGCUUGUCAAUCAUUUGGCAGCUUGUCAAUCACCGAUCGCAGGCACGGCACCUUCUGCAAUACCCCAAAAUGCAGGCUGGCAAUAAUAAAAGUUGCCGCAAAUCGUGGUGAGAUUCCAAUUUUGUACUGCCUUACGUUGAUCGCAUGAAUGUGGAUUUCGGGAGUCCGUCUUAGAAGCAUCCCACCUGGAGUUUCCAUAGGUGGGUUCAGAGUUCACCCUCGUGUUGUCUCUGUUACCUUAUUUGGUCCCAUUUUGUAUGUUGUGUCAAGCAUUCCUACCAAUAUGAAUGGAGAAUUUGAGCUGGCAAAUCCGGACAAACUAAUGGUGAAUGUAUUGCUCUCGCUCUCCUCCUGCAACACGCACAAACAGCUGAAACCUCAGUUUACUUCAAGCACUAUGGCCAGCCUGUCACUGUUGAAUCCAGAUAUGUGAGCUCUUCUGGCUAGUAAGAAUUAAGUGAGUGAAGUGGCUGGCUUUUAAAUACAGUAUUAUUGAAAUGAUCUUAAUACUUCCACCAAUACAAUCUCGGAUAAGGCCAAGGAUAGUUUUGCAGCAAUUCUGAGGUGUAUGCUAAUAAAAACACAAUUUUUAAAAUAAUAAUAAUAAUUUUAAAAAAUCAUUAUUUCCCACUCCUACUUGCCAAAUUAGUGCUUGCUGACUGGGAGGGGGCUGCACUUAUUGAGAUGCCAGUGAAUUUUUUUUCUAUUACAAUAUUCCUCUUUUGCCUAAGUAGCUAAAAAAAUAAAAUAAGGAACGUGCGUCUUUAUUGUGAAAAAGACAGUACUGAACUAGCUUGGUCUUUCCCAACCCAAUGCUCUGCAGACAUUUUGUGUUACAACUCCUGGGGGUUGAUGGGUGUUGUAGGCUAAAACAUCUGGAAGGCUGGGGAAGGCUAAGCUAGGUGGACUAAUGAUGCAAACCAGCACCAUCUAUGAUUUCUGGUGGUAGAAAGCUAAUUCUUUUUAGAACUGACUUCUGUAGUCUUGGGUUCUCCCCCAGUUAUGUAUACUUAACCCCCAUCUCUUAUGGGACUUAUGUGGGUAAGGAGAGAAGACAGGAAAUCUAAGCAAUUGCAGUUAGAACAUCUUGGGCAUUUGCAAAGAGGUAAUGCUCUUUAUCCUAACGACUGUUUGCUAGGUUACUUUGUUGUGUUGCUUGGUUAACAAACAGGUUAUCUGCAUGGCCCUGGCAGUUGACAAGGAGAAUUUCACUACUCCCCGGUCUGGUUGGGUUCCUGACAAGGUGCAAAUGUAGAGUCAAAUUCCCUUCAUCACUUGCCAGAGUGAUACAGAGGACUGUACAUACAGCCCUGCAAUAGCUAUUUAUGAAGCAGUAGGUUUCAUGUAUUCAUCCUAAGUCUGUGAAAUUGUACGCAAAAUGUCUUAACGCUGCCGGGGUAGAUCUCGUGUCCAUCUUUUUGAAAAUGAAUGAAACUGAAUGAUUUUCUGGGGGAGGGGCGCUGUUAGUCUGAUGAUCCCCAGUUGCUGUAGAUGGGGGUUAGGAAAGGGGGUUGUGGUGGUUGUUGUUAUAGGUGGGAACCUACUGGUAAUGUGGGCCUGGGGAUAGUGGCUGUAUUCAGUAGAGAAGAUGGCUAGUCUAUUAAAUGGAAUUUGUUUAAAACAAUGCUAUAAGAUGGCAGGAGGCAAAGUGGUCUGGCAAGUGAACAACAUAUGCAGCCUCCCUGUGUUUCUCUAACGGCUUGUGGAAGACCCAUGAUGUCUAACUGGUUUUAGUUUUAUGGCAUGUGUCUUUCUUAGAUCAGUUGGUUGUGUAACUUAGAAUAACAAAUGCUGCCAUUGCUGUAGAGACACAGCAGUAAAGGUUUCCAAAGCUCUUUCUAUUUACAGAAGGACCCAGCAAGUUACACAUUCAGUUAUAUAGGUCAAAUCCACACCAUACAUUUAAAGGGCAUGGGUUUCCGCGAAAGAUUCUUGGGAACUGUAGUUUUAGCCUUUCCAGAGGUACGAUUCCCAUCAAACUGCAGUUCCCAGGAUUCUUUGGGAGAAGCCAUGUGCUUUGAAUAUAUGGUGUGGAUCGGACCUUCAGUUCCACAUGGGGUGUGUGUGUUUGCCAACUCAGCUUAGGGUGCAUCCAGCCACGUUGAGGAGAUGUCAACUGUUGAUCUCGGCAUGUGGUCAGCCGAUUUGUUCCUGUCUGUGAAAUCAGUAAACCACAUGGGAAUGGUGGAGCACAUCAAAUUCACCUAAAGACCUACUUCAGACUGGGUUGUCCCACAAGAGGUUGAGAAGAGGCUGUAACCUGGCCAAUGCUUGUCUGUAUCCACUUGGUUUUUUAGGCUGAGAUAUUAUUUUUUUUGCCUCCCCCUUGAUCAAGUUAUUCAGUAAUAUAUUCCAGGACAUUAUUCCAGGACUUUGAAGUAAUAAGCAAACCCAGAGGAGGUGGCUGGAUCACACAACCGUAUCACUUCCCCAGUUCUUCCCCAUGAUGAAACAGAGAUGCAACACAACUCUUGUGUUUGCCAACACCAAGUCUAAAUGUGAUUCUCUCUUAAUAUAAUGCUGUAAUUUUUUUUUAACAUAGGCUGAGUUUGAACAAGCUUAGAACACUCAUAGGGAAGGAGAAUAGUAUCUGCCAACUUCUUGGAUAUUCCCACAUAGGUUGUAAUGCUUUCAUAGGGUCUACAGAUGUAGACCCAAACUACACUGUAGUUUACCUUUUUUUAAAAAAUAAAUAAAUCUGGGCAGUGGUCCUGUCAUUCAGGUCUAAAUGUGAGGUAUUUUUUUGUGCACACAUGCUAGGCAGAUACUACAUUUACAUGUGGAUAUUCUCUUGACUCUAGCAUCUGGGUGGCAAAGGGUGAUCCAGUCUGUUUUCCUACUGCACAUUGCAUUGCAGGUUAAUCAAAACAGGGCCUGCAGUCUGGGCUGUAUUAAAUUGUCACAUGUAGUUAUGCCAAAGAGGAAACCUUAUGACUCUAAACUCUGUCCAGCUUUGGGUCCCUCUGACAUAUACAUACACAAAUCCCCAGUUUUAUGCUGCAUACUCUUUCUUAACUCUUUGUCCUGAUACUUCUUGUGUAGUCCAGAUCCUAUUUACUUUAGGGUUUCAACUUUUGUGGUUUCUUUCUUUCCUAGAGUGCCUCGGGAUUAAUCCAUUGGCUCAAUGACCCCUUCCUGUUUUCACAUGUAUUGUCAUGCUCUGUUUUUUUCUUCUUCAAAUGUUUAUGCUAAACAUCUAUCUUUGGCUCGUAAGUUUUCAGAGAAAUAAAAAGCCCAUAUCCCGUUGAAAUUAAGUGGUGAGGUGGGUAUCAGUUUGCCUCAGGAUUCUUUCUGAAAACUGAGCUUGGUCCUAUAUGUUGGGAGCGGGGAGUGAGUUUUAUUUUGGGUAUGUUAACAUGUUACAUUCUUGUUGUUCAUAAUGAUGGAAUGGAUGUAUAUAUCUGAGAGCGAAAGAGUGAGCGCACCUGGUUGCAUUGAGCAUAUAAUGUGCAGCCUGUCACUCUCAUGCUGCUGAUGACGACAAAGCUGAAUUAAGUGGCAAUUCGCAGGACCAUUUUUAACCAGGUCAAAGUCUUUGCAAAAGUUCGAAACACUCUCUUCCAACAAUUCGGCAUGUGCCUAGAUGAUGAGCCCAAGAUGUUUGAGAUUCACUCACCCUGCAGGGUUCUACCCCCACCCCUAAAUUCUGGAGCUUUGUUCACAGGUUCAGUGACCAAACAUGUCCAUUGGGGGGAGGUUGGAAGUGGAAUUGGCUUGUGUUGAUGAACCUGAGAGAACUUGACCUGCAAAUCAGCUGGGGCGUGGGGAAUCUUCACACAUUACAGGCAAAAUAAGGUUUGUCACGGGAGCGUGCACUGAUUGUAUUAGCAUGUUAGACCUAUUCUCCUCUUUUCCUCUCACACACACUUUGUUAUUUUGGGAUGCACUUAACAGGUCUUAGGUGUACACCUAAAACCCAUAAUGUGUGAAUGGCCCCCGACUCAUCCUUCAAUGAGUUAAAGAAAACGUUUACAGAUUACCUACUUUAAAGAUAAAAGUGUAUGAGUGCAUAGAUGCUACUGAUAUUGGUAAACUGAUGCGAGGUCUUUCUCUUUUAUUUUGAAUCCAGCAAAUGUAUACAUUGCAGCUGUAAAAUGUACAUUAACUACCUGUUCACUUUCUGAUGUGCCCCUUGCUGAAUUGUGCCUAACUAUAUGCUGUUGUUAUGCUGCUGAAAUAAUUUUCUGCUGUUCAGAAACACACACAAACUGUUCAUGGAGUCAUUCAUUCCAUCUGCAUGCGACACAAAUGCAACCUGGCCUGUAUAGCAGAAAUUCAACUUUGUAUAAUUCAAAACUGUUUCAGUGACUUGUCUUUUCUUUCGUUUCCACACCCUCUCUUGAAAUACUCUGUAUAAUUUUAAUCUGGAAUACCCCCGUCAAUUCGUACAUAGUGGGGCAUUUCCCAUCCUCCCUUAUUUUUUCUUUUUUAAAAAUAAAAUAAAAUAUGGUAAUUUAUUUCAUUUGGUUGAUAGGCAACUUAUCUGUAUAUUUUUGUUCCAAGGUGAUGUUGUGGAUGUCUUUAAAAACAAAAUAAAUUGUUAUUUUAUAUAAUUUUAUCAUAAAUUUGCUAUAAUAAAUCAUUCUUUUUUGUUUUC